AAAAAGCCACGUUGACGAAGUCGACGGUAGUCUGCGUUAUUUUUCUGCCAGGAAACUGAAGGAUUGUUUUUUUAUUUAGAAGACAACGACGCGACUCUUUGGAAGAAGCGCUUGACAGCAGCCAUGUCAUCGCCGCCCAAAGAGAAAACCGAGACCAGAGCUGGUCACCUUCCUGCUGUGAAAGCAGGAGGCAUGAGGAUAGUUCAGAAGCACCAGUCUCCAAUUGAGGUGCCAGACAAGAAGGAUGACAAAGACAGUACAGAAUAUGAGACUGUGAUACCACCAAAGCUGCCUGUUGUGGUCUCUGGAGUUGUCACUAAGGGAGAUAAAGACUUCACCCCUGCUGCUGCCCAGGUGGCCCAUCAGAAACCUGUGCCUUCAGCACAGAAGCUGCCUGCUGGCCAGCACCUUAACCAGCACAUCCACCAGCCCAGGAAAUGAGCCUUCAGCCGCUCCAGAACAUCACGGGCCCCCCCACAUGGGGCCAGGACCACACCACCCCAAACACCUGCUCAGGUUGCCAGGGUUCUCUUGCCGUCAAACAUUCCUUACGCCCCCUCCCCCUCCCUCCGUCUGUGCCUGCAAGUGUCCAUUUUCGACCAGUAUCAUGACAAACAUUCAUUUUCUUGUUUCGUAUCUGUAAAUCAUCGCAACACUAAAAAUCGAAGGCUUCAUUGCAGAUCGCCAAUCAGAAACAUUCUAAUUCCAUGGGUUCAUUUCAUGAGGGAUUUGUGGAUGUUUUAUUUUCUUUUUUAAUUUUACAUGAAUCGUUCCAGAGAGAUGUAAAUUGUAUAAAUCAGUUUUGUUUUGUUUUUUUGAAGUUGGUGAAUGUUGUAUAUUAGGCAUUAGGUACUAGGUGUGGCUAUCUGAUAUCUGAAUAAAGAGUUAAUAUAAAACCACGCA